AUGCGGGGUUACUGCACCCCAAAUUACAGUAGUGGAACAAACCCACAGCCACCCGCAAACGUCGAUACAAUACGGGAAAGCGGAGUAUGGGGACGGUCAUUCACUGACCAUACUUCUCUUUCUAUUAUUUCGUUCUCUAACAUGCCGGGUUCGGGUUCGUCCGAAGGCGACCCUCGUCGCUAUGGCUUUGCGUGUUCGACAUGUCGCCGGAAAAAGGUUCGGUGUGAUGGCACCCGUCCAGUCUGUCGGAAGUGCUCGAAAUCCGGUGUAGAAUGCUUCUACAAGCCCGAAUCUGGAGAUUUGUGGCUAUUGCAGCAGCUUCGAAAUUCUAAUAAAAGAGUACGUGAGCUAGAAGAGCAAAUGCGGAAUUUGCUCUCGACCAAAGAAACCGAAGCAGCAAACAUUUUACCGCAAAGCUCUGAGCAUGGAUCGACACGCAAGUCACCAACAUGUCCGGCACUUGAGCUUAUCGAUGCUAUCGGUGAUGAAGAGAAGGUACGGGAAAGCGCACUCGACGAGCUCAGUGUUGAUGAAAACGGGAAGGUGCAAUACUUCGGGGCUACAUCUCGAUUUUAUGUUCCAACUGAACAUACAACCCAGGCACGAGGACAGGCCGAGUUAGAUCGAAGCUCAGAUUUUGUUGAUGCGACUAAGCACAGAACUUGGCUGCAAUCGAGUUCUAAGCUCCAAAAAUCGUGGGAGAGACUUGCUUUUGCUAAUUUGCAGAACGAGAGGAGUGAUAUAAAUCCUCAGUUGGCGGCAGAUCUCCUUCAGAUAUACUGGGCUUGGCAACACCCUCUUCAUAAUUGCGUUUAUCGUCCAUGUUUCUCACGCGACAUGGCUCUGGGUGGCCCUUACUUUUCCGAGUUUCUUCUGUACACACUUUAUGCGCACGCAAGUCGUCAUGCAAAUACAGACGAUCCCCGCUUUAAAGAUAUUGGACGUGGCGAGAGAUUUCUUGCGAAAGCCAAACUUUUGCUGCAGUCGGAAAUGGAGCAACCAAGACCAAAGAUUCCAACAAUCCAGGCCCUUCUAAUUCUCGGUGGCCGGCAGUGUGCAGUCGGGAAAAGUUCUGAAGGGUGGCUCUAUACAGGAAUGGCAAUCCGAAUGAUGAAAGAUAUCGGCCUGCAUCUUAACAUGAAGAGGCUUGCGCAUCUCGAGAAGCUCGCACCAGAAGAUCUAGAAGUGAGAAAGCGCUUGUUCUUAUCUGCCUAUGCUUGGGAUAAAUCUAUUAGUACCUGUCUGGGGAGGCCUCCUUCAUUAAUAGAAAUGCCUUACGCUCCAGAAAGUCUUAGUAACUCGGAUCAUUGCCUCAUGUCUUCAAUUGAUCAUUCGGACGACGACGAGAUGUGGACUCCAUGUUUCCUUGAUGACGAAGUUUUGUACCCGCCAACAAAGAGCUUCAACACCCAAGUGUUUAUCAGCUUCUGCCGUCUCUCUCAACUUAUCAAUGAGAGUUACGAUAUUAUAUACAAAGUGAAAACGAGAAAAGGCAUCCUGUCAAAAAGCAUCAUCGAACUAGAUGGCAGAAUACGCGCAUUCUACAGCUGCUUACCAGAAGGGCUACGGAUUGAAAACAUCUCCUCCAUGCCAUUCUGUCCUCCGCCGCAUAUCUUCUCGUUAAAUAUUCUAUACCAUGUGACGCUAAUAUUACUCUACCGCCCCUUUUUGUUUUCCUCCACAUCUUCGCUCACCAAAGACGACGAUUUCAACAUACGAGCUCACAGAAUUUGCGUGGAGAGAACGAAGAUCAACCAGUUCCUGAAAGCCCAUCACCGCACCUUCAACUUCAAGAUCCAGACAUAUCUUGUGUCAUACUGCGUCUACACCGCAGCUACAAUUGAUGCCUUCGAAAUCAAGAGCCAUGAUGAUACCGCUGCAACGGAAGCCGCUCAGAGACUUUCUACGACCCUGAAAAUGUUAGAAACUGAGGCAAGGCAGACACCUGGCAUCAAAAGAAGCAUUGAGAUCAUCAAGACCCAGUUACAGACGCAUACAGAGGUAGCACACGAUCGUCAUGCAACUGUUGAGGAUUAUAACGACGUCCAACGUCAAAAUUUCUCAAUAGAGACACAGCAAGUGACUCUUUUCACCCCAGUAUACCAAGUGUGCUUACACCUACUAGUCAGCCAUCACCACAUGUUCCUAUUUUGGGACGGGCACCGCUAG